AUGGAUGGUUUCGAGAGCAACAAGGGCGUGGUGGUCCUCGCAGCGACCAAUCGAGCCGACAUUUUGGAUCAGGCUUUAGUGCGACCAGGUCGCUUUGAUCGACAGAUCCAGGUGGACCCUCCCGAUGUCCAAGGCCGCUUGGAGAUCCUCAAGGUCCAUGCCAAGGGGAAGAACCUAGCUCCUGGCAUUGAUCUCUCAGCGAUUGCGAAGCAAACACCUGGGAUGUCCGGUGCUGAUCUGGCCAAUCUUUUGAAUGAAGGAGCCAUUGUGGCUGCAAGACAGAACAAGUCUGAGAUCGACUCUGAUGAUAUCUUCAACGCGCUCGAACGCAUUGCAUUGGGCUUGGAGAGAAAGGAUGCAGUGAUGUCAGAGCAGAGGAGGAGACUCGUUGCUUACCAUGAAGCCGGUCACGCCAUUUUGGGUGCUUUGGUGAAUGACUAUGAUGCAGUCGCCAAGAUUAGCAUCGUGCCACGUGGACCAGCGGGUGGCGUCACGAUCUUCAUGCCUUCUGAAGAGCGCUUGAACUCAGGCCUUUAUUCCAAGGAAUUCCUGGAGAAUCGCAUGUGCGUGGCGCUGGGUGGGCGCUUGGCUGAAGAGAUCGUCAAUGGCAAGGACAACGUGACAACUGGAGCAUCCAACGACUUCCAGCAAUGCACCCAGGUGGCCAAACAGAUGGUCAUGCAGCUGGGCAUGUCUCCUGUCAUCGGCCAGCGGCAACUGGGAGGCCAGCAAGGUGGACCUUUCAUGGGCCGCGAUUUCAUGGGUCAAGGCGCACCGCCUAUGUCCCAAGCAUUGAAGCAACAGGUGGAUGACGAAGUGAAACGUAUUGUGGAUGAACAGUACCAGCGCGGUAUGAAGCUCUUGAGAGACAACAUGUUUCUGCUGGAUGAGUUGGCCAAGCUACUUUUGGAGCAAGAGAAGGUCAGUGGUGAAGAGCUUGUGAAGCUCAUCAACAGAGCUGCGAUUGAGGGGAAGUUGGCUGUGGCUAACAAGCAGAUGGCCUUUGCUGCAUUCACCGGUGAGAAGGUGGACGCUUCCAAAUCGUCCGAUUCCAAGCUCCCCAGCAAGUGCAUUCCAUCAAUGACCUCCAUGGCUUCAAUGCCAAAGGGCUUCUGUGGUUCUACCCUCCGCUCCCGCCAUGACCGCGCGGCUGCGCGCAACGCCAUUGCCCGACUGGGGCUAGCGGGUGAUGAGAAGAUUGUGACCAGUGAGAAGGUUCUAGAGGAGGUUGAGCGAAUGGCAGCUGAUGUCUCCAAUGGCUCGGCGUUGCCAAGCCAGGUGGUCCGAACUGCAGCGGUGCAGACCUUGGUCUCUUUGGCCGCUAUGGCAGGGCCAUCUGUGGCAAUUGCGGAUGACCUGGCAGUGCCGCAGAGCAUCCCACAGCCCAUGACUCAGAUGGCCACGCCAACGCAAGCUACAGGCCGUGUCACCUAUUCUCGAUUCUUGGAAUUUGUGGAGGACGGGGCCGUGAAGCGCGUCGACAUGUAUGACAUGGGCCGCACUGCUGUUGCCUCCGUGAACAUUGCUGGUCGUGAGCAGCAGCUGAUUUGCGAUUUGCCUGGUGCCAGCACAGGGGUCAUUGACAAGCUCGUGAAGAAGAAUGUUGCCAUUGAUGUGCACCAACCGGAGAAGCCAAACCCACUCUUCGGCGCCUUGGCCAAUGCGGCAUUGCCUUUGCUGACCAUCGCAGGUUUGCUGUUCUUGCGAUCAAGGAACCCUGGUUCUGGUGGCAUCCCAGGGCUUGGCAAUCAGGGAAAGGCACAAAUUAUGAUUUCCCCCGACACCGGAGUGAAGUUUGAGAACGUUGCCGGAAUUGAUGAGGCAAAGGAGGAGCUCACUGAGAUUGUUGACUUCUUGAAGGCUCCUGAGCGUUUUGUGAAGGUCGGAGCCAAGAUCCCACGUGGCGUUUUGCUUACUGGUCCGCCGGGCACUGGGAAGACGCUCAUGGCCAAAGCAUUGGCUGGCGAAGCUGGCGUGCCCUUCAUCCAAUCCUCCGCCUCGGAAUUCAUCGAGCUUUUCGUGGGCGUAGGGGCCUCUCGUGUAAGAGAUAUCUUCAAGCAGGCCAAGGAGAAGGCUCCCUGCAUCGUUUUCAUCGAUGAGAUUGAUGCUAUUGGCCGGCAGCGUGGUGCUGGCAUGGGAGGUGGAAAUGAUGAGCGUGAGCAGACCCUGAAUCAGAUCCUGACUGAGAUGGAUGGUUUCGAGGGCAACAGCGGUGUCAUCGUCGUGGCGGCCACCAACCGCUCUGACAUCCUGGACAAUGCCUUGCUUCGACCUGGGCGAUUUGACCGCCGAGUCACAGUGGGUUUGCCGGAUGUGAAGGGCCGAGAACAGAUCUUGGAAGUGCACAUUCGAAAUAAAAAACUUGCUGAGGGAAUCACCUUGACAGAGAUUGCCAAGCGAACUGCCGGUUUCAGUGGUGCUGACUUGGAAAAUUUGAUGAACGAAUCCGCUAUCCUGGCAGCUCGACGCAACAAGAACGCUGUAACCAUGGACGAGAUCAAUGAUGCCACAGAUCGCGUCAUUGCUGGCCUUGAAGGGCGUGCUUUGAACGACAAUGCUUCCAAGAAGCUCAUUGCAUACCAUGAAGCAGGUCAUGCCAUCGUCGGAUCUUUGCUGCCCCAUCACGACCCCGUGAACAAGGUGACGGUGAUUCCCCGUGGUCAGGCGAAGGGUUUGACCUGGUUUACACCUGGAGAAGAUCAGAGCCUCAUCUCUGCAGCCAUGCUGAAGGCGCGCAUUGCUGGAGCUUUGGGUGGCCGUGUGGCUGAGCAGUUGGUCUUCGGAAGCUCCCAGGUGACCACUGGGGCUGGGGGAGACCUGCAGCAGGUGGAGCGCAUGGCUCGAGCCAUGGUCACCCAGUUUGGCAUGUCUGAGGUGGGUUCCAUUGCCAUCGAUGACGGAGGCUUCGGUGGGCCCAACUAUUCAGAGGAUUUGAACUCAAAGAUUGACAGUGCCAUCAAGAACAUCUCGGAUGAGUGCUUCCUCACAGCAUGGAAUCUGCUGGAGACGCGCCGAGAUUGCUUGGACAAGGUGGCUGAGGAGCUUUGCGAGAUGGAAACCAUCACUGGGGACAGGCUUCGGGAGAUCAUUGCCCAAUACACUGAAGUGCCAGAGAAGAUGGCUGUCGUUUGA